AUGGCGAAGAAGAAACAUGUGGCUGUCUAUGCCCGCACAAGCACAAAAACCAAUGCACAAACAGACAGUGCACCUCGGCAGUGGCGGGUGGCAUCAGCAGCCCUUUUCAACGCUGGCAUUCCAAAGAAGAAUAUCAAGAAAGUGAAAGAAGUGAUCUCAGGCUCUGUGCCAGUUUGUCAGCGAGUUAAAUUUCUCAAGCUGCUAGACUCAGCAACGGACAUCUAUGUGGAAUCAGCACGGGCUAUUUCUCGGAGAGCUUCACAUGGUGAAGAAAUCUACAACAUUGCCAAAGACAAGGGGGUCUCAAUUAUUUGCAGUGAUUUUCCCAAGCUAUUCGCUCUACAGCCAUCACCCCUUGAGAGCUUCAUGAGGAAGCUGGUACUUGCAAUGCAGGAACUUGACCGUGAUGUCCUG